CGUUGCCUGAUCGCCGCCAUCAUGGGUCGCAUGCAUGCUCCUGGGAAAAGCCUGUCCCAGUCGGCUUUACCCUAUCGACGCAGCGUCCCCACUUGGUUGAAGUUGACAUCUGACAACGUGAAGGAGCAGAUUUACAAACUGGCCAAGAAGGGCCUUACUCCUUCACAGAUCGGUGUAAUCCUGAGAGAUUCACAUGGUGUUGCACAAGUACGUUUUGUGACAGGCAAUAAAAUUUUAAGAAUUCUUAAGUCUAAGGGACUUGCUCCUGAUCUUCCUGAAGAUCUCUACCAUUUAAUUAAGAAAGCAGUUGAUGUUCAAAAGCAUCUUGAGAGGAACAGAAAGGAUAAGGAUGCUAAAUUCCAUCUGAUUCUGAUAGAGAGCUGGAUUCACCGUUUGGCUCGAUAUUAUAAGACCAAGCGAGUCCUCCCUCCCAAUUGGAAAUAUGAAUCAUCUACAGCCUCUGCCCUGGUCGCAUAAAUUUGUCUGUGUACUCAAGCAAUAAAAUGAUUGUUUAACUAAAAUAAAAAACAAAAACAAAAACAAAAAAACAGUA